AUGAGAUUUCAACCGUACAAAAACCCUAAAAGCACCUCGAACCGGCCUACGGAUCCCGAAGCAUCUCCGGCGACAAAAAUGGCUCGCGCACGAGAAAUGGGUUGGUCACCGAGCGUGGCCCCUUCCGAAACCUCUGGGUCGACGUCGCCAGAACGUGCUGGCGACGACGACACCGAUUUCUUCAUGGCCCAAGCCAACGACUCGCAAUCCUCCGUCGGCGUGGCUAACUUCCGCGAUUCUCGUGUUCGAAAUGCACGUUCCGCGCCACUGCCACCCAUCGGCCGCCUCCCACCGGAGAUCCUGAUUUCGAUUUUCUCGAAACUGGUUUUGCCCUCGGACAUGCUCAACUGCAUGCUGGUGUGUCGUGGAUGGGCCUCGAACUCCGUGGGGAUACUAUGGCAUCGACCUUCCUGCAACACCUGGAGCAACGUGAAAAGCGUGACGACGUCACUAGGAGAAGAGAAUAGCCUUUUCAACUACGCAGACUUGAUUAAGCGACUCAACUUGUCUGCUCUGUCGGCUGAUGUCAGCGACGGGACGAUUGUUGCUUUCAACAAGUGCAAACGGAUCGAGCGGUUGACUUUGACGGGUUGCAAGGACCUCACGGAUAAGGGCGUCUCGGACUUGGUGGAGGGCAACCGGCAUCUGCAGGCACUGGAUGUCUCAGAAAUAAAACAGCUCACGGACCACACCAUAGCUACGGUGUCGAGGGAUUGUCCUCGUUUGCAAGGCCUGAAUAUCACGGGCUGCGUAAGAAUCACCGAUGACGAAUUGCUCGUUGUGUCGCAAAAGUGCCGUCAAAUCAAGAGAUUGAAACUGAAUGGAGUCGUGAGUACCAUGGACAAAUCGAUUAUCUCUUUCGCAGAGAAUUGUCCUUCUAUCUUGGAAAUCGACCUGCACGACUGCAAGCUGGUCACCAGCGCAGCUGUGACUCCUUUGCUCACGAAACUUCGACAUCUCCGCGAGUUGCGCCUGGCACAUUGUGACCAGAUCGAUGACUCGGCCUUCUUGACACUACCUCCUCUAAUGACGUUUGACAGCCUUCGGAUUCUCGAUCUCACUGCCUGUGAGAACGUCAGGGAUGAAUCAGUGGAAAAGCUCGUACAUGCAGCGCCUCGUCUACGAAAUCUCGUACUAGCCAAGUGCCGUUUCAUCACAGACCGGUCUGUGAUGGCCAUUUGCAGGCUAGGAAAGAACUUGCACUAUGUUCACCUAGGCCACUGUUCGAAUAUUUCAGAUGCGGCCGUUAUCGCCCUCGUCAAGACUUGCAACCGCAUUCGAUACAUCGAUCUCGCCUGUUGUAACCGGUUGACCGACCACAGCGUGCAGCAAUUGGCUACAUUGCCCAAGCUUCGAAGAAUUGGAUUGGUCAAAUGCCAGGCCAUCACCGACCUAAGCAUACUUGCGUUGGCACGGCCCAGGCUGGGCCAUACUCCUUCCGUCAGCAGCCUAGAAAGAGUCCAUCUGAGUUACUGCGGUAUUCACGCUUUGCUGAAUCACUGCCCUCGACUAACCCAUCUGAGUUUGACGGGUGUCCAAGAAUUUCUCCGGAAAAGCCUCACUGCGUUCUGCCGAGAAGCCCCUCCAGAAUUUACACAACAACAGAGAGACGUUUUCUGUGUGUUCAGUGGCGAUGGCGUCAACCGCCUCCGAGACUACCUGAACCAACACAAACCCUCAUUCCGUGAGGACUCAGAAGCCACGAUGUAUGACCACGAGGUUGAAGAAGAUACAGAUGUGGCCGGGUUGAUGAACGCGACAGGCAUCAACGAUGGAGACGAAGAUUUCCUCGACAUUCCGGUUUGA